AUGUCUCUGGAUUCAGAUGAUUUGUCUAUUCCUCCUACGCCAAAUCUAAAAUCAAAAAGAUUCCCUUCUAUAAGAUUUAAAUUGAAAAAUCAACACCAUUCACAAGAUAAAGAUGCAGAUGACGAUCUAAAUGACGACACUCCUCCUUCGAGUUCAUCUUCUCAUCCAAAUCAUUUCCAACCUCCAAAUUCCCCUUUUGCAGAUCUGAAUUUCAAGAAAAAUUCCGGCUCAGAUAAAGAAUUAACAUUUGAUGCUACCGAUGAUGAAAAUUAUUCAAAUGAAGAUAGUUUGCCAGAUUUACCUAAUCAUAAUCAUAAAGAAACUAAAAGAGCAAGAUGGGCUACCAUCAAAAGAAGUAAGAAACAUAAUAAUAACGACCAUCAUCAUGGUGUAAUGCGAUCAGGUACAAUUAGGAAAAUAUUCCACCAUAAACCAAAAACUCACGAUCUUGGAUUUAGUGAUAAUCAUCCUCCACAAACUGAACCAGAUCAAACUAUUUCAACAGUACCUAGAACUAUAGUCUUCAAUGGCCCUGUUGAUGAGCCAGGAGAAUAUUGCCGAAAUAAAAUUAGAACAACUAAAUAUAGUCCCCUUUCUUUUUUACCUAAAAAUAUUUAUAAUCAAUUCCGUCAUAAUAUUGCCAAUGUUUAUUUCUUAAUUUUAAUUAUUUUAGGGGCAUUUGAAAUUUUCGGUGUGCCUAGUCCCGUAUUGGCUGCUGUUCCUUUAAUUGUCAUUGUUAUUAUAACUGCCAUAAAAGAUGGUGUGGAAGAUUCAAGGCGUACCGUCACCGAUAUGGAAGUUAAUAAUCAAUAUACUCAUAUUCUAGAACAAGUUGGUUUUGAUACUGACUAUGUGUAUCAUAAUAAUAAUGUUAAUGAAGAAGAAAUCUCCAUGUGGAGAAGAUUCAAAAAGGCAAACACAAGAUUAAUGGUUAGAUUUUGGGGUGCUUCAAAGAGAAAUUUAACUAAAGAAGGAAGAGCUAACAAAGCAAGACAAAAAGCAAUGGGUGGUAAUAAUGAAAAUGAUGGAGACAAUCCAAGAAGAUCUUUUGAUAGUGAAGUCGGAUCCCCAAGAAAUUCUCUUGAUAGUGCUACUAGACCUUCAAUGGAAAACCCAUUCCAUGGCCAAGAUCAUCAACAACACCCAUAUUCACAUCAUAAUAAAACAUUGAAAUUUUCUAGAAAGUUUUGGAAAGAUGUUAAAGUUGGUGAUGUUUUGAGAAUUUAUAAUAAUGAAGAAGUUCCUGCUGAUGUUGUUUUAUUAGCAACUAGUGAUCCAGAUAAUGCAUGUUAUAUUGAAACUAAAAACUUGGAUGGUGAAACUAAUUUGAAAGUUAAAACAUCCCUUAAAGCAACAAGUGAAAUUUCUCGUGCUGAUGAUUUAAUUACAAGACAAUUUGAAAUUGACUCUGAAGGUCCUCAUGCAAACUUGUACUCUUAUCAAGGUAAUUUCAAAUUCCCAGAAGAUCGUCAAGAAUCUAUCAAUAUCAACAACUUAUUAUUAAGAGGUUGUACUUUACGUAACACCAAAUGGGUCAUUGGUGUAGUCAUUUACACUGGUGAUGAUACUAAAAUCAUGUUGAAUGCUGGUGUAACUCCAACUAAACAAUCAAGAAUGUCUAGAGAAUUGAAUUAUUAUGUUUUGUUAAAUUUUAUUUUCUUAUUCCUCAUUUGUUUUAUUUCAGGUUUAGUUAAUGGGUUAUAUUAUAGAAAGAAAAAUACCAGUCGAGAUUUUUUCGAAUUUGGUACCAUAGCUGGAUCUCCAGCAACUAAUGGGUUUGUGGGAUUUUUCGUGUCCUUGAUUUUAUAUCAAUCAUUAGUGCCAAUUUCUUUAUAUAUUACCAUUGAAAUUAUCAAAACUGCUCAAGCUUAUUUCAUUUAUUCUGAUGUGGGGAUGUAUUAUGAAAAAUUGGAUUUCCCAUGUACUCCAAAAUCUUGGUCUAUUUCUGAUGAUUUGGGUCAAAUUGAAUACAUUUUCAGUGAUAAAACCGGGACAUUAACUCAAAAUUUGAUGGAAUUUAAAAAAUGUACCAUCAAUGGUGUUUCUUAUGGUCGUGCUUAUACUGAAGCCUUGGCUGGUUUACGUAAACGUUUGGGAAUUGAUGUUGAAACUGAAGCAGCUCAAGAACGUGAAUUGAUUAAAAAAGAUCGUAUUAAUAUGAUUGAAAAAUUGCACACCGUUAGUAAGAAUAAAACUUAUGAUGAUGAAAUUACUUUUAUAAGUUCUGCAUAUGUUGAUGAUUUGAUUGCUGGAGGUGAACAACUGGAAGCUAAUCAUCAUUUUAUGUUGGCAUUAUCGUUAUGUCAUACAGUUAUGACUGAACAAGAUCCAAAAGCUCCAAAUAAAUUAAUGUUGAAAGCACAAUCUCCCGAUGAAGCUGCUUUAGUUGGUACUGCUCGUUCUUUAGGUUUCAAUUUCAAAGGAUCAACCAAAAGAGGUUUACUUGUUGAUAUUCAAGGUACCACCAAAGAAUAUCAAGUUUUAAAUACUUUAGAAUUUAAUUCCACCAGAAAGAGAAUGAGUUCAAUUAUUAAAAUUCCAGGAAAGACGCCACAAGAUGAACCAAGAGCUUUACUUAUUUGUAAAGGGGCUGAUUCCAUUAUUUAUGAUAGAUUAUCAGCUACAAACAAUAACCCAGAAAUGUUGGAACAAACAAGUAAACAUUUGGAAGAAUAUGCCACUGAAGGUUUGCGUACAUUAUGUAUUGCUGAACGUGAAUUAUCUUGGUCUCAAUAUACCGAAUGGAAUAAACGUCAUCAAGAAGCAGCUUCUUCAUUAGAAGAUAGAGAUGACAAAAUGGAAGCUGUUGCUGAUUCAAUUGAACGUGAGUUGACUUUGUUAGGUGGUACUGCUAUUGAAGAUAGAUUACAAGAUGGUGUACCGGAUGCUAUUCAAUUAUUAGGUGAAGCCGGUAUUAAAUUAUGGGUUUUAACUGGUGAUAAAGUUGAAACUGCUAUUAACAUCGGGUUUUCCUGUAAUUUAUUAGGUAAUGAGAUGAAAUUGUUGGUUAUUAAAACAAAUUAUAAUGGUGAAGAAGAUCAAGAAACUUUGGGUGGAUUGCAAUUUGGCCAUAAUGCUAGUGAACCUGAAAUCAUAGAUACUGUUAUUUCUCAUUAUUUGAGAGUCAAUUUCAAUAUGGAAGGUUCAUUUGAAGAAAAAGAAGCAGCCGUUGGAGACCAUUCACCACCAGAUGAAAGAUUUGGUGUUGUUAUUGAUGGUGAUGCAUUGAAAUUAGCCCUUUUGAAUGAUGAAACCAAGAGGAAAUUUUUAUUACUUUGUAAAAAAUGUCGUGCCGUGUUGUGUUGUCGUGUUUCUCCUGCUCAAAAAGCUGCUGUGGUUAAAUUAGUUAAAGAUACUUUGAAUGUUAUGACAUUGGCUAUUGGUGAUGGAUCCAAUGAUGUUGCCAUGAUUCAAGCUGCUGAUGUUGGUGUGGGUAUUGCUGGUGAAGAAGGUAGACAAGCUGUUAUGUCUUCUGAUUUUGCCAUUGGUCAAUUUAGAUAUUUAGCCAAGUUGUUAUUAACUCAUGGUAGAUGGUCUUACAAGAGAUUUAGUGAAAUGAUUCCAAGUUUUUUCUACAAGAAUAUUAUUUUCAAUAUUGCAUUGUUUUGGUAUGGUAUUUAUUGUGAUUUUGAUGGCACUUAUUUGUUUGAAUUUACUUAUUUGAUGUUUUAUAAUUUAGCAUUUACAUCUUUACCAGUUAUCUUUUUAGGUAUCUUUGAUCAAGAUGUUGAUGCUAAAGUUUCAUUGUUGGUGCCACAAAUUUAUCGAUCUGGUAUUUCAAGAACAGAAAUGAGUGAUGCUAAAUUUUAUUGGUAUUGUCUUGAUGGGAUAUAUCAAUCAGCAAUUUCAUUUUUCUUUCCUUAUUUAUUAUACAUGGUUUCAUUUCAAAGUGAAAAUGGUAAACCAGUUGAUCAUAGAUUUUGGAUGGGGGUAUUAGUUACAUGUAUUGCUUGUAUUUCAUGUAAUUGUUACAUCUUAUUCCAUCAAUAUCGUUGGGAUUGGUUAAGUUCUUUAAUUGUUGCAAUUUCCAUUUUAAUUAUUUUCAUUUGGACAGGAUUAUGGACAAUUAAUUAUCAAUCAAGUGGAGAAUUUUAUAAAGCAGCACCGGAAAUUUUUGGCAUGACAGCAUUUUGGGCAUGUAUGUUUGUUGGAAUUUUGUGUUGUUUAAUUCCUAGAUUCUUUUAUGAUUUUGUCACCAGAAUCUUUUGGCCAAAAGAUAUUGAUAUUAUUAGAGAAUGUGUACAAAGAGGAGAUUUUGCAGCUUAUCCAAUUGAUUAUGAUCCAACUGAUCCAAAUCGUCCUAAAAUUUCCAGUUAUUCAAGUCAGGCUUUACAAAGAAUGAGUAUGAGUAGUGGCAGAAGAAUUCCUCAACUGCCAAAUGCAGGACAAUCCCCAUUUGCUGAUAGUAAUAAGAGUCAUUUUUAUGAUAACAACAACAACUUUUAUAAUGAUAAUGAUGAAGAUUUAGAAGACAGAGUUACUCCACCAUCAAUUGAAUACGAUCGAGGGGCUAUAUUUGAUAAUGUUAAUAGAAGUGAUAGUGGAUCAUAUCCUCAACCACCGACUCCACCACCAGGAAUUGCAUUUAGUCCAAUUAGAAAAAGAAAGAAUUAUAUUCUGGGAAUGUUUAGAAAUAAUAGUGAUGGAGCACAUGUUCAUAUGAAUAGUAAUGGAUCAAGUCAAAGUGUAUUAACUGAAGAAAUUCAAUUAGAAGAUUUUGAUCAAAAAAAGAAACGUAUUUCUGAUUCUCAGCAACAAGGGCAAAAGAGAAUUUCUUCAAUGUAUUAG